GCAGCUCCAGGCACACGGGACCUGCUUUUAGCAUCUCCAGCGUCCUCUCUUCUUCCCUGCCACUCCCUCCCAGAGACAGAAAAAGAGAGAAAGAGAAAGAAAGAAAAAGGAAAAGGAGUCAGAAAGAUUCUGGGAUUUGAAUCUUUCCAAGGAGGAAACACCCAGCAAACUCAGUUGAUUAAACACCAAACUGACAGAUACCCAACUCUUCGGUUCGAGCCAGAGGUCCUUUCCCUGGAGUCUUGGGAGCUCUGUUAUGGGCAGCACUGCCUGGGGUCAGCACCAUGAAGCCUGAAUCUGCUUCCGCUCUGCUGUGGGCUCCACUCUUCCUGAGUACUCAGUUACUUGCGGCUCCCUUUCUCAAGGCCUGCUGCUGCUAGAAGGUCAAACCUCAGCACUGAUCCUUGGCUCGGGACUAUCUUUCACCUGGCUCACCUCACUGUUUUCUCCUCCUCCAUCACGGCACCCCGAGCCCCAGCCUCGUCCUUGGUCUCUUUGGUUCGGACGCCAGGAGAAACACAUUGCUGAAGGCUUGUUCCCGCCCCGGGCUCCUUCUCCUCCUUGAGUCAAGGCCUCCGGAUCCACAUGGAUAGCUGAGAUCUUUUCCUGGAGAAAGAUACUUCUUCCUCACCUUAUCCGGGAUUAGUCCCGCCCGACAUCCCCUGUCUGUUUCUUCCGCCUCUUUAUGGGAUUUCUUGCCUGUGUGCCUGUCUAGGGCUGUGUUGUUCUUUUUCUUCCUUCCCCACCCUCCUAACAUUCCUGUGUACUCUGCUUGUGUGCUCUCUGUGCACUGCUCUGUCUUCUCUCUCUUCCGUCACCAACCCCAACCCCUGCCUCCCACCCCCAGGGCUGUUUCCCGGCCUUGUCUGCUCAUCUGUGCUCUGGCCCAACAGCCACGAUGAGCUUUACCUUGCACUCGGUUUUCUUCACCCUGAAGGUGAGCAUCUUUCUGGGCUCCCUGGUGGGGCUCUGCCUGGGUCUGGAGUUCAUGGGCCUCCCUAACCAGUGGGCCCGUUACCUGCGCUGGGAUGCAAGCACUCGCAGCGACCUGAGCUUCCAGUUCAAGACCAAUGUUUCCACUGGGCUGCUCCUGUAUUUGGAUGAUGGUGGUGUCUGUGACUUCCUCUGCCUCUCCCUGGUGGAUGGUCGCGUUCAGCUCCGCUUCAGCAUGGACUGCGCCGAGACCACCGUGUUAUCCAACAAGCAGGUGAACGACAGCAGCUGGCACUUCCUCAUGGUGAGCCGUGACCGCGUGCGCACUGGGCUGGUGAUUGAUGGUGAAGGCCAGUCUGGGGAGCUACGGCCCCAGCGGCCGUACAUGGAUGUGGUCAGUGACUUGUUCCUCGGUGGCGUCCCUGCUGACAUUCGGCCUUCUGCCCUGACCCUCGAUGGAGUACAGAGCAUGCCCGGCUUUAAGGGAUUAAUGCUGGAUCUCAAGUAUGGCAACUCGGAGCCCCGGCUUCUGGGGAGCCAGGGAGUCCAGUUAGAAGCGGAGGGACCCUGCGGUGAGCGUCCCUGUGAGAAUGGCGGAAUCUGCUUCCUUCUGGAUGGCCAUCCCACCUGUGACUGUUCCACCACUGGCUAUGGUGGCACACUCUGCUCAGAAGAUGUCGGUCAAGGUCCAGGCCUCUCCCACCUUAUGAUGAGUGAACAAGCUCGAGAGGAGAACGUGGCCACUUUCCGAGGCUCAGAGUAUCUGUGCUAUGACCUGUCCCAGAAUCCGAUCCAGAGCAGCAGCGAUGAAAUCACCCUUUCCUUUAAGACCUGGCAACGCAACGGGCUCAUCCUCCACACGGGCAAGUCAGCCGACUAUGUUAACCUGGCUCUGAAGGAUGGUGCGGUCUCCUUGGUCAUUAACCUGGGGUCUGGGGCCUUUGAGGCCAUUGUGGAGCCAGUGAACGGGAAAUUCAACGACAACGCCUGGCAUGAUGUCAAAGUGACACGCAAUCUUCGGCAGGUGACAAUCUCUGUGGAUGGCAUCCUUACCACAACAGGCUACACUCAAGAGGACUACACCAUGCUGGGUUCAGAUGACUUCUUCUACGUUGGGGGAAGCCCAAGCACCGCAGACUUGCCAGGCUCGCCUGUGAGCAACAACUUCAUGGGCUGCCUUAAAGAGGUUGUUUAUAAGAAUAAUGACAUCCGGCUGGAGCUGUCUCGCUUGGCCCGGAUUGGGGACACCAAGAUGAAAAUCUACGGUGAAGUUGUGUUCAAGUGUGAGAAUGUGGCCACACUGGACCCCAUCAACUUUGAGACCCCGGAGGCUUACAUCAGCUUGCCCAAGUGGAACACCAAACGCAUGGGCUCCAUCUCCUUUGACUUUCGCACCACUGAGCCCAAUGGCCUGAUCCUUUUCACUCAUGGGAAGCCUCAAGAAAGGAAAGAUGUCCGGAGCCAAAAGAACACAAAAGUUGACUUCUUUGCCGUAGAACUUCUUGAUGGCAAUCUGUAUUUGCUGCUUGACAUGGGCUCUGGAACCAUCAAGGUGAAGGCCACUCAGAAGAAAGCCAAUGACGGGGAAUGGUACCAUGUGGACAUUCAGCGUGAUGGCAGAUCAGGUACCAUCUCUGUGAACAGCAGGCGCACGCCAUUCACCGCCAGCGGGGAGAGUGAAAUCUUGGACCUGGAAGGGGACAUGUAUCUGGGCGGGCUGCCAGAGAAUCGAGCUGGCCUCAUUCUCCCCACGGAGCUCUGGACCGCCAUGCUCAACUACGGCUAUGUGGGCUGCAUCCGUGACCUGUUCAUUGAUGGGCGCAGCAAGAACAUCCGGCAGCUGGCGGAGAUGCAGAAUGCGGCGGGCGUCAAGUCCUCCUGUUCACGCAUGAGCGCCAAGCAGUGUGACAGCUACCCAUGCAAGAACAAUGCGGUGUGCAAGGACGGCUGGAACCGCUUCAUCUGCGACUGUACUGGCACCGGCUACUGGGGAAGAACCUGUGAAAGAGAGGCAUCCAUCCUGAGCUACGACGGCAGUAUGUAUAUGAAAGUCAUCAUGCCCAUGGUAAUGCACACAGAGGCAGAAGAUGUGUCCUUCCGCUUCAUGUCACAGCGCGCCUACGGGUUACUGGUAGCCACUACCUCCAGGGACUCUGCAGAUACCCUGCGUCUGGAGUUGGAUGGUGGGCGUGUCAAGCUCAUGGUUAACUUAGACUGUAUCAGGAUAAACUGUAACUCCAGCAAAGGACCUGAGACCCUGUAUGCAGGGCAGAAGCUCAAUGACAAUGAGUGGCACACUGUCCGGGUAGUGCGGAGAGGAAAAAGCCUUAAGUUAACAGUGGAUGAUGACGUGGCUGAGGGUACGAUGGUAGGAGACCAUACCCGCCUGGAGUUCCACAACAUUGAAACUGGUAUCAUGACUGAGAAGCGUUAUAUCUCCGUGGUCCCCUCCAGCUUCAUCGGCCACCUGCAGAGCCUCAUGUUCAAUGGUUUGCUCUACAUUGACUUGUGCAAAAAUGGUGACAUCGACUACUGUGAACUGAAGGCUCGUUUUGGACUGAGGAACAUCAUUGCUGACCCCGUCACUUUCAAGACCAAGAGCAGCUACCUGACCCUUGCCACCCUGCAAGCCUAUACCUCCAUGCACCUUUUCUUCCAGUUCAAGACCACUUCCGCUGAUGGCUUCAUUCUUUUCAAUAGUGGUGAUGGCAAUGAUUUUAUUGCAGUUGAGCUGGUCAAGGGGUACAUUCACUAUGUGUUUGAUCUCGGCAACGGCCCCAAUGUGAUUAAAGGGAACAGUGACCGCCCCCUGAAUGAUAACCAGUGGCACAAUGUUGUCAUCACCCGGGACAACAGCAAUACCCACAGCCUGAAAGUGGACACCAAGGUAGUCACUCAGGUCAUCAAUGGUGCCAAAAAUCUGGAUUUAAAAGGUGAUCUCUACAUGGCUGGCUUAGCCCAGGGCAUGUAUAGUAACCUCCCGAAGCUUGUGGCCUCCCGGGAUGGAUUUCAGGGCUGCCUGGCCUCUGUGGACUUGAACGGCCGCCUGCCUGAUCUCAUCAACGAUGCUCUCCACAGGAGUGGACAGAUUGAGCGAGGCUGUGAAGGUCCCAGCACAACCUGUCAGGAGGAUUCAUGUGCCAACCAGGGGGUUUGCAUGCAGCAGUGGGAAGGCUUCACUUGUGACUGCUCCAUGACGUCAUAUUCCGGAAACCAGUGCAAUGAUCCUGGUGCCACGUAUAUCUUUGGGAAAAGUGGUGGUCUCAUCCUCUACACCUGGCCAGCGAAUGACAGACCCAGCACACGCUCUGACCGCCUCGCCGUGGGAUUCAGCACCACUGUGAAGGAUGGCAUCUUAGUACGCAUUGACAGUGCCCCAGGGCUUGGAGACUUCCUCCAGCUCCACAUUGAACAAGGGAAAAUUGGAGUUGUCUUCAAUAUUGGCACAGUUGAUAUCUCCAUCAAAGAAGAGAGAACUCCUGUCAAUGAUGGCAAAUACCAUGUUGUGCGCUUCACCAGGAAUGGGGGAAAUGCAACGCUUCAGGUGGACAACUGGCCAGUGAAUGAGCAUUAUCCUACAGGCAACACUGAUAAUGAACGCCUCCAAAUGGUAAAACAGAAAAUCCCCUUCAAAUAUAACCGGCCUGUAGAGGAGUGGCUGCAGGAAAAAGGCCGGCAGUUAACCAUCUUCAACACCCAGGCGCAAAUAGCCAUCGGAGGAAAGGACAAAGGACGCCUCUUCCAAGGCCAACUCUCUGGGCUCUAUUAUGACGGUUUGAAAGUACUGAACAUGGCAGCGGAGAACAACCCUAAUAUUAAAAUCAAUGGAAGUGUCCGGCUAGUGGGAGAAAUUCCACCACUCCCAGGAACAACACAGACAACCUCCAUGCCACCUGAAAUGUCUACCACUGUCAUGGAAACCACCACCACCAUGGCUACUACCACCACCCGCAAGAAUCGCUCUACAGCCAGCAUUCAGCCAACAUCAGAUGACCUUGUUUCAUCUGCUGAAUGUUCAAGUGAUGAUGAAGACUUUGUCGAAUGUGAACCAAGUACAGGUAGGUCAGGAGGUGAAUUAGUUAUUCCUCUUCUUGUAGAAGACCCUUUAGCUACCCCUCCUAUUGCUACUCGUGUACCUUCCAUUACACUCCCCCCUACCUUCCGCCCCCUCCUCACCAUUAUUGAGACCACCAAAGAUUCCCUGUCCAUGACCUCUGAGGCGGGGUUACCUUGCUUGUCGGACCAAGGCAGCGAUGGUUGUGAUGAUGAUGGCUUGGUGAUAUCUGGGUAUGGCUCAGGGGAAACCUUUGACUCUAACCUGCCCCCUACUGAUGAUGAAGAUUUUUACACCACCUUCUCCUUGGUAACAGAUAAGAGUCUUUCCACUUCAAUCUUCGAAGGUGGCUACAAAGCACAUGCGCCCAAGUGGGAAUCCAAGGACUUUAGACCUAACAAAGUCUCGGAAACUAGUAGAACUACAACCACAUCUUUGUCCCCUGAGCUGAUCCGCUUCACAGCGUCCUCCUCGUCUGGGAUGGUGCCCAAAUUGCCAGCUGGCAAAAUGAAUAACCGUGAUCUCAAACCCCAGCCUGAUCUAGUCUUGCUUCCGUUGCCCACUGCCUAUGAGCUAGACAGCACCAAACUGCGGAGCCCACUAAUCACUUCCCCCAUGUUCCGUAAUGUGCCCACAGCAAACCCCACGGAGCCAGGGAUCAGACGGGUUCCGGGGGCCUCAGAGGUGAUCCGGGAGUCCAGCAGUACAACAGGGAUGGUCGUCGGCAUUGUGGCUGCUGCCGCCCUCUGCAUCUUGAUCCUCCUGUACGCCAUGUACAAGUACAGGAACAGGGACGAGGGGUCCUAUCAAGUGGACGAGACGAGGAACUACAUCAGCAACUCGGCCCAGAGCAACGGCACGCUCAUGAAGGAGAAGCAAGCCAGCUCCAAGAGCGGCCAUAAGAAACAGAAAAACAAGGACAAGGAGUAUUACGUGUAAACACAACACCGAUCUAUGCGAAUUUAAAACAGCAUUAUUUAUACACACACACACCUGAGCACUUUGACAAAAACAAAAAAAAAAAAAAAAAAAAAAAAACUCGUUGGAUGUGUUCUGUGAGAUGGGGUGUACCACGACUAUGGUGGGGAAAACCAUUUUGAAAAGGACACGUAAGGAUGGUGUAUUUCUCUGUGAUGUUCAGCCAGGCUGCAAAGUUGCAUCCACGGCCUGGAGACAGAAAGUUCUCUCUGCUCUGCUGUAUCCUAAAGCACAGACUUAGUGCCCUGGAGCAAGUCCAUGACUCCACAUGACUUGGAAGCUUCCUUCUCUCCAGGACCUUUUGAAAGGGGUAGAAGACUAUACGGCUUACUUGUUCCAUAGCUCCAAGUGAGUCUGUACUGAUGUUUGUGAAUCUUGACUGUAACAAUGUUGGGUUAUUUUUUUGUUUGUUUGUUCGUUUAAUUAUGUAAAAAAACAAAAACAAAAAAAAAAUGAGAAAAGAAAAAUGCUUUAAAAAAAAUCAAAAACAAAACAUUUAAAAAAAAAAAAAACCCAGAAAUGCCCUUAUCUGGUUCUGGCCAGUGUGAGUAUAACUUUCCAAGAUCUGAGGGGAAAAUGGCUUUUGGGUUUUCAUUUAUUUAUUUUUGACAAUGACUGCACAUAAGAAGAGGAAAAAAAAUACUCAGAAAUAAAAUGUUUGAGACUCUUGCCAUAUGAACUCAAAAUCUACCAUGGCAUUCACUCCACGUAGCAGGUUGUGGUGUCUCUAGAAUCGGUCAUUUGUUUCCUAACGCUUUGAUGAACCCAUGUUAUGGAUGUUAAUCUAUUUGAAAAGCAGGUCCCCAAGAUCUAAUUCUAGUAUUUGACACUCAAACCUACAGCAGAUGGGUUUGGGGCUGGUUUUAUCAGAGCUAUUGGUUUCACUUAAAAAAAAAAUACUGUCCCUGUCCAUAGACCCAAAUUGUGUGAACGGGGAAAGAUAAACCCCAUAAAUUAAAGCAGAGCCUUUCCGAGGGAAGGGAAGGGGAUGGGGGUAGAAUGGAUGUGUGAUCCAAAUGCAUGCAAAUAAAGAAACUACAAUGCCGGUGUCUGUUUCAACAGACUGCAGGGGAGUCCCCAACUGGUAAUGCAACCACACAUGAUCACACAAGCCACAUCAUGGCCAAGUGUGAAAAUCUUACUUAUUUCCCCACCCCCGACAUGAAAACGGUUUCCAUAGUGGUUUAAUUUUGUAGCCUGAUGUGAAUAAAUCUCUCUUUCCAUCUCCUCAUGUCUCCCUCCACCCAUCUUUUAUAAACACAAAUAAAUAAAUGAAUAAAGCUGCUGUGACACACACAAAAAGGAUUUAAUAGUAUAAUAUAUAUAAAUAAAUAUAUAUAUACAGAUAUAUUUAUCAUGGUAUGUUUGAUGGGAUGACUGACACAGAAAUCUGUUAAAGUCUUGAAGUGGAAUGAGAAUGUUAUUUUAAAAGAAAAAUAACAAAACAACAAAAAAGUAAACCUUAAAAUGUGAAGAAAGUGUGAGUUUUCGUUUUGUCACAGUUAACUGUGUCAAAGAGAAUUUAAACAACAACAACAACAAAAACUUCUCAGAUUUUGUUUACAUAUUUUACUACAUUUUUGCUGGUAUAAUUCCUUAGUCACAUAUGUACAUAACCGCUUUAAGAACUGUUAUUUCCUUUCUAUCUGUUUGUUUGGUUUGUAUCCCAUUCUUUUCUGUCUUCUUUUUGUAAAGAGGAAACAAUGUACAGAGUAAUAAUAAACUGGUCUUGUGGCCGUAGCCAUUCAAAAAGCAAGAAGAUGAAACAAGACAAAUACUCGCAUAGAGGUGAAGUGUGUCAUCCGGAGGGGCAGGCAUAUACAAUUUCUUUUGUACAGAUGAAAACCAAUCAGCUGUUUAGAUUUAGAAAUCUACUCUUGCUGGUCUUUGUAAGUUGCAUGAAUAUUUGACUUUGAAAAAAAAUAUCUUAAAGACAUGGGGCAGAAGGCACAGUCUAAAACAAUGGUCGCCUUUUCUGAUGUGUAUGGAAAGCGAUGUUCCUCCUUAUCUGAGAUUUCAAUGUGUUAAGAGUUUUCAUUUUCUUUUUGUUGUCAUUGAAAAGACAGGACUAUAAAAUGAUAUCAAAGCACGAUUUUAGAUAAAUGGCCCAGCCUAUAUGAAGUUGAUUAUAUCUCGAUGUCUGUGACAGAUUGCUGUUCUUGGAGUUUUGAGGUCUUGUGAACUGAUCUCCUGUUUUCUUUCUUUUCAUUUUUUUAAAAUCUGAGUAAAAGCUCAUUUGUUAUAUUCCUUUUAGUGUAAGUUUCUAUUUGGACAAUUUUAUGGGAACUCGUGCAUUCUGUAUGUGAGCUUUCAUCAUAUUCCUGUUGUUUUCUUCGCAGAGCCUAAAGGAAAUUUUUUCAUAAUGUUGUGAUGUUACUGCUUUUUUCUUUUACCUUUUCUCUUUUAUUUCCCAUUUGCUUUUUCGUUCAAGGAUAUGCUUAGCAAUAAAAUUUUCU